AUGUCUGUCUUGACUGUCUACACUUCAAUAGUUGGAACUAUUACUAUUACUAUUACAAUUCUCCGCAAUCAGAGGAUUGAUCAAUAUUCUCUAUCUCUUUAUAUAAAUUUGAUUGUUAAUGACACAUUUCAUAUGCACUCUAUCUUUGAUGAUACAAGCACCAACACAAGAGGUGUAGGUGCCUUGAAUCUUCAACAUUAUAUGCACUGGUGUCGGCAGUGUUCAAUGCAUGCCACAUCCAGCAACGCUAGACAAGAUGAUCAUAAUUUGGAAUGUGAAAAGAAAAGGUUAAAAUUAAAAGAGGAAAGAGAGGCCAAGCAAAAUCAAGAGCCAGCCAUUCCCAAGGAAAAAAAAAAGAAGAAACAGUUUUUGGGUGACAAAAGGCCUGAAAACUUUGAUGAAAUCAAUUUUGAUGGAUCUGUUUAUUCAAUAUCAAAUUUGGCCACAGAUUUAGAGAUUGAUAGCAAAAAUGUAAAGAAAUUAAAGGUUGAAGAACAUAUAUCUGGUGAUUAUUUACAAUCUGAACUCUCAUCAAAGUUGGAAGCGUUGAUCCAAUCAUCAACAUCAAUAAGUGCCUGGAGUGGAGAGGACAAUUCAAUCGAUUUUUCAAAGUUGACAAAAGAUCAAUAUCCAUCUUUAAUGGAUUUUUGUGAAUCAAAUGGAUACAAGUUUCCAAAAGGAUAUGACCCUACAGGAUUGAAAUCCCUCAUGACGUCCGAUUUGGAGACGAUAAAAACUACUCCUUUCGCAUUGAAUAGCUUUGCACCACAAGCAAAAUUCAACAGUACUUUUAUCCCAUUCUCGAUAGAGUUGUUUGUCAGUAUAAUCGUCAACUCUGGAAUAGAUAUGUCCCUUGGUUUGACCGACAAACACAAAAUAUUAAGGUAUAUUUCAAAAAUAUUACCUAAUUUGGAAAAAGAAAUUGGUCAUCCAUUGGAAAGUGGCUAUCCAUUGGAUAGAUUUAAGUUUUUCGACAAGGAAAUUGAGAUCCUCAAAGCUUCGCACUUGGCUUCUUUUCCUUCAUCGUCAGAUGUAACAAUAUCACCAUCCUCUUCGUCUGAUGUAACAACAUCACCAUCCUCUUUGUCUGAUGUAACAAUAUCACCAUCCUCUUCGUCUGAUACAACAACAUCACCAUCCUCUUCGUCUGAUACAACUACAUCUCCAUCCUCAUCAUCAAAAAAAAAAAGAGGUAGAACUCGUAGUGAGAUUGUGGAUAUAAAGUUAGAAAAAUUCCCUGAUUUUAAAGAUUUUAAAUUGGAGGAUCUUAAUCGACAAUUGGAACUUAGAGAUAUCGAAUCCCCAAACAUUGAUACACAAGUCCAAGAAGAGGAAAAUAUUAAAAGAUUGAAAUUGGUUUUAUGGCAAGACAUGAAGACUUUGACUACAGCAAAUCCAGUCAAGUUAGCAUUUUAA